UUUGUGAUAAGAGACAUGUUUACAAAGUAUGGUGGAUUUACUAUGAUUUGGAUAGCGGUAAUACCUUCGAUAAUAAUUAACGCUAACGAUUGUGGUAAGGAUAGUAUUGAAGUACAAACUAAAGCACCCGGACAAAAACUCAGUUAUUUAGAAAGUACAGAACAAGUAAAGAAAGAAAGAAAAAGAAAGCGGUGCUGUCCUUAUAACUUUGAUGGGAAAUUAUGUAGAACGGUAGGCGAUAGAGUUUUAUGCGGAUAUAAUAGAAAUGUAGGUGGACCAGAAAAUGAAGAUGAAGAUUUGGUAUUACAAAAUGGCUGUCGUAUUAGGAAAGGAAGGCUAGAAUGUGGGUACAACGAACCACCAUUUUUGAAUUCUCGAAGGCCACCAGUUUGGGACUAUGCUUUGCCAGAGGAGAAUGACAACAACCUAAACGAGUUGGAUGUUUCAAGUAAAGAAGAAAAAAUUCAAAAGUUGAAUUUAUUGAGUACAAAUAAACCAAAACUAACCACCCGGUGUGUUGAAAUAAAGGAGCGCAUUGUUUGUAGACAAAUAUAA